AUCUCAUAUAUGGUACCGCCCAAAGCUCGGAACAUUGUCACUCUUUUUGAGUUGAAAAUUUGAUGUGAAAUAAUAUCAACCCGACGGACUACUACUUUUGCAAUGACGACACGAAGUAAAUACUCGCGAAAGGAUCAGGUGCUGACACUUCGGUCAGAUGUAAUGUACCACCGUGUCACUUCCAGUAAUCCGGGUCGGGGCGUGCCUCGUAGCGAAUACAUUUGGGUCGGCGAUAGCUACGGAGUGACCGUCCAGAGUACGCGGUACAUCACUUCCUGUAUCGAAGAAAAACCGUGCCAGUGUAAUCUUUUUUUUGUUGGCAGCAGCAUCACUUUGUUUGAGAUGACCGAGGAAGCCCAACGUGGGUGGUUUGUAGAGAACACACAUAUGAAGAAGAGCACCACAGCUGCGUACUAUCAGAUACAAAAACCACGCACGAUCUGUAAUUCAUUUUAUACAUGUAUCGUUUUUCUUUGGGAAAUUCCGGUUUCUUGUUUCUCAACGGCCACGUAACCAACGACCGGAACAACGACGCGAAAUUCUUCUGGCUAGCGGAAUCUGGUACGUUCAAUCAUGGCGUAGUGGUAAGUAUCCGCUAGUCUACCACUGCGGCAUCACGGAGGAGUAUGCGGCUGCCGUGCGGGAAGCCUUUCAACAUGUUCGAUUUAUCGACCUGAAGACCGUGCCUUCGUUUCAUUUUAGUUGAUUGUCAUGCCGCAAGUUUCCU